CGCCGGAUGGUUCCCGACCACCGAGGCGGGGGAGAAACAAAGGAACGGGGAACGCACCGCCGGUAGGACAUCUUCGCAAGAGCGCAUACACCGCGCUUGAAUAUUGAAUACCUUCGCUCCUCCAUCACGCAGCCCGCAUGCGGGAUCUUCGCGGCCGGCUAGACGGACGUGACCCAAAGAAUUAUCAUCAGGAGAAGACUUGGAAGGCGGCGAGGCAAGUCAAUGUAUGCGCGAUGGAUAGAAGGUUAUGCGGCUCGAAUACAAAGAGCAGUAGACCCGGAAGCCAGACAGUGCAAGUCACUCACGGUCCGAUCAAGAUGGUAGCGGUAAGGCAGAACCUGCGCAUAGGUUCUCGCGUGCACAAUCGUAGAGGCGUCCAAGUCCGAGAUGCAAGCGGAGACGACGAGACAAUCACCAAGGUUAAUCAGGCCGAUUAUGACUGCAUUGCAACACAACAACACCAUGUAUAACUGACGUACGAAUAAGGUAGGGACGGAUAUGCCGGAUUAUGGGCAGCAGCAGGCGCGUUGCGGGACCAAGAUCAACAAAGUAGCAAUACAGAGGCAGCAAGAUGUGGCUUCAGCGGGGUGGCGGG